AUGGCGAAGCAUGUUCUGCCCGGCCUUCUCGGCAGCAAUGGUGCAGAUUCCAAGGAGGCGAGGCGCCUGCCUCGAGGAGCUGCAGAGCAAGGCGCUCUUUCUGCACCGCCUUGGCGCCUUGCACUGCGACGCCGCUUUGCGGGCUUGGCUGUACCGGCCAACUCUUUCCACGCUUGUGGCGCUGAGACGCCGCAGAAGCGUUCUGGUGAAGAGUCGCCCACCGGUGCGUCGAGAUGGCGCACGCACCGGAGUGCGAUGCUUGCAGUGAAAGACGAGGAAUUCGAGAUCGCUGUGCAGCUUGCGGCCUACUAUGUGGCGGAUGCGACUGAGGGCCGCCUUGACAAUGGGCUUGCAUCGAACUUCAAGUCCGGGAAUAAGCGAAAGCUUUACUGCUGCUUGGUGCAGACCCACAUCGCUUGGCAUGUCAUGGUUAUGGCGGCGUGCGUGCUCCACUCCCUUCUCAUCAUCCUCGAGCCCCCUCCAGGACAAAGCUGCGCCCGUGGCUGGGAGAACGUUGCCGAACUCUUUCUGGUCCUGGUCUAUGUAGCUGACAUCUUGCUGAAGGUCGCCUACAUGGGCGCUGGAACCUUCCUGUCGCUCCGAGGUUCCAAGAUCUGGCAAACCACCUAUGCGGCCCUCACGGCCAUCCUUUUUCUUGACGCUGCGCUCGCGCCAUGCACCCGACUGUCGCGACCCUUGCGGCCAAUCAUGCUCGUGCUUCGAUCCCGGAGUGUCCGGAACUUUUACACCACAGUGCUCCGCAUAUGUCCAAGCCUAUUGAAGGUCUUGAUGCUGUUGCUGUUUAUCUUGACGGCGUCGUCCCUUGGUAUGGCCCGGCUGCUGCGCGGCAGCGGGACACGCUACUUCACAAGCUCCUUGGCCACCUUCCAGGAAAUGGCCAUACUGCUGCUGACCCAGGACAACUACAAGGAUCUCCUGCAUGAUCUUAGUGAUCACGGAGGGCUGGCAUCACUCCUGGUCUUCUUCACCUUUGUGGUUGUUGGUGUAUUGUUUCUGAUGCAGUUGGUGCUCGGGACGGUCAUCGACACCUACAUGGAGGAGGCACAGGAAGAGCUGCGAAGCAAGCGGGUGAAGCAAGCGAAAGGUCUGAUGCGAGCCUUCUCGGUUCUGGACCUGCGCAAAGAAGGACACCUGCGCCAGAGGGCUUUCGACCGCCUCAUCCAGAAGUUGCGGCCAUCUGAUUCACCCUUCGAAAGGCACUUGAAGUUUAGCUUGCUCUCCAACAAGUACAAGUCGAUGGUUCCCGCAAGUUCAGGUCCUUCAACCCCUGCACGCAGCCGGGAGGAGCUUUCUCCUUUGGCACACCCGCCCUCGCCACCGAAGCGGCCGAUGAUUCCACUUCUUCCUCAGUUGCCUGAAUCGCCUCUACCCUUCCAGGAGCCCACGAGCGGCCCCUGGACCAAUCCCGAGCCCAACAUUGAUCCCAUCGACUUCUUGUCGCUCCACACGGUCUUGGAGCUGACCUUCAAGCCCCGACGCCCGGCCUGGGAUGUCCCUGGCGUCUGCCGCGAGCAGCCUUGGUGGAGCCGCGGUGCGGAGCGACUCCUCUCAGAUCCCCGCUAUAUGGUGCUUGUGCGCUACCUGCUGUGGGCCGAUGCUGCAGUUUUCUUGGCCGAUGCUGAAUGCAUCGAGCCACUAGCAUCGCUUGGAUGCUGGCUGCAAGUGAAUGACUUGCUUCAGACCGCUUUCCUGUUGCAGAUGGCCAUGCAGGUAUUUGCUUUGGGCAGUCUGCGGAAAGCCUGGCGCUUCGGUGGUUCUUCGGACACCCGAUUUCUUCUCAGAGCAGAGCUAGUUUUAGCAGGUGCGCUGACAAUCGCUGCGGCCGCAACUUUGUCCUGCAGUCCCUUGGCGAGCUUUCGGCCUGCCGUGGCUGGUCUCGGUGCACUACGCAGCCUUCGUCUGGCAGCCGCGCGGCAGACUUUUCUGACUUGCAUUGGCAUAGAGAUUCACACCCUGAGCAGGCAGUUUUCCAUGGCCAGAACGGCCCUCCUUGCUGGGCGUGCAGAGGGCUCUGGAAUUUUCAUUUUCCUGCACCAGCAGUCUGAUCAGUCUGUUUUGUACCACCCCGUCGCGCUGCCGGAUCUCAGUCCGAAGCUGGUGGCCAGAUAA